AUGUAUGUCAUUAAGCCUAUAUAUCAGGAGCAGCCAUUGAAAGUACCACAGAAGACACCGCAGCCGUCACCACAGACGGAAACACUCAAACUGACGCAUCCAAUGCUUGCCGUAAGUCCCUCGCAACAUUUUCAUAAUAGGGAGAAAACAUCAGGAGGAAUCAUUUCCAGUAGGAUUUUAGGCAGCAGUUUGACAAACCAUGACCAGUGUUCCGUUAAUGCAAAAUAUUCACCAGAUAAAACUGUUCGUUCUCCAGCAUGCGGUGUGCCCAACAGAAGCACGAGGAUUGUGGGCGGUGUGGUGACGGAGAUGAACGAGUACCCUUGGCUGGUCGGUCUGUCCCAAUCUAAAGUUAAUUCAAAUCAGCCCUUCUGUGGCGGAUCUGUCUACAACGAUCUGUGGGUGGUGACAGCCGCCCAUUGUGUUGAUGGUAGUAGCCCUUCUAGCAUCGAGGUUCUCUACAACAUGUGGGACUGGACAUCCACUGCGACACUGAUCAAAAGGACCGUUGCUCAAAUCAUCAUGCACCCGCAGUACAACAGUGCCAAUAUUAACAACGACAUCGCCCUCAUUCGCGUCUCGUCACCUGUGAACCUCGACUUGCCUGGAAUCAUGCCCGUAUGCCUCCCAUCUUCCACGGACAAUUUUGAAAACAAAAACGGAAUUGUCACUGGUUGGGGAACUUUGACACAUGGUGGUAGCCAGCCGGAUAAGAAUUACGAGGUCACAGUGCCCAUCAAAACAGACAGUGUAUGCACUGAUUCUUAUGGAAGCGAGUUCAUAGCCAAUACCAUGAUCUGUGCUGGUUUUCCCUCGGGAGGAUCCGACUCCUGCCAGGGCGAUAGUGGCGGUCCCCUCACAGUCGACGUUAAUGGCCAGCACCACCUCAUUAUAUCAACUUCAUUCAGAAUAAUGCUAAUACUGGGAACUUCUGCUAAGAGGAGCUGCCAGAAUCCAGAAUCUUCAACAGAUGACGACUUAUGCCAGCGAGAAGCCCAUCCAAACAUGCUGAUGACUCUGAACACUGAAAUUAAUAUCGACGAAAGCCUUGGUUCGAAGUACCUUGACUCAAGUCUGGGAUUCUUGCCAUUUUGA